AUAAGAGUUAUACAUCCUGUCAUCAUCCAUAUUUCAUGCGCAAAUAGAAAUUAAAAGCGAAAAAACAAUUGUCACGAAUUCUUGUAUUACCUGAAAAGAGUAUAAUGACAUCAUUCAUUUGGCACUAUAUAAGCUAAAUUGAGUAAACACUUUUUUGUACCUACAAUAAAACUACAAAUAUCUCCCACUCCACAAUAAUUUCUCAGUUAAUUUGACACAAAUAAUAGCCAAAUUUUGGCACUAACUGUAGUCUAGAGAUAUGGCAUCAAUCGAUGGAAUCGAAUUUGAAGCGAAAAAGUUUGAUCUUCCGGUUGAUUCCGAGAACAAAUCCAUAAAAUUCCCACUGUUUUCAGUAGCAAAGCCUCAUAUGCGAGCAUUUCAUCUAUGUUGGAUACAAUUCUUUGCUUGCUUUCUAUCCACUUUUGCUGCUCCACCUCUCCUCCCUAUCAUUCGUGAUAGCCUAAAUCUGACAGCUAAUGACAUCGGUAAUGCAGGAGUUGCAUCAGUCUCUGGCGCAGUAUUCGCCCGUGUUGCGAUGGGUGCGGCCUGUGACUUAGUUGGUCCUCGACUAGCCUCUGCCACACUCACCCUUCUUACUGCACCAGCAGUUUACCUAUCUGCUGUGGCUGACUCUCCCACAGGUUUCUUUAUGAUGCGGUUUUUCACAGGUUUCGCUUUGGCCACUUUUGUGUCAACUCAAUACUGGAUGAGCUCUAUGUUUUCUCCACGAGUUGUCGGUCAAGCCAACGGGCAAGCAGCUGGGUGGGGAAAUCUAGGAGGUGGCGUAGCCCAGUUUGUUAUGCCACUAGUGUACAGCAUUGUUCUCAAGACAGGCGCUACUCCAUUCGCAGCCUGGAGAAUUGCAUUCUUCUUCCCUGCUCUCCUGCAGAUGUCAUCAGCAUUUGCAGUCAUGAUUUUCGGCCAAGAUUUGCCCGAUGGAAAUUUCCAGGAGCUGCAGAAGUCCGGUGAUAUGCACAAGGAUAAUGCUUCAAAGAUUUUAUACCAUGGAAUCACAAACUACAGGAGCUGGAUCACUGCUCUAGGUUACGGGUUUUGCUUCGGAGUCGAGUUAGCAGUAAAUAAUAUCGUUGCUUAUUACUUCUAUGACAGGUUUAAUCUAAACCUUAAUAUUUCAGGAAUAAUUGCAGCGAGUUUUGGGAUGGUGAAUCUUUUCUCUAGACCUAUAGGCGGGGGGUUGUCGGAUUUUAUGGCUAAGAAGUUUGGAAUGAGGGGAAGAUUGUGGAGUUGGUGGAUUGUGCAGACUCUAAGUGGUGUUCUAUGCAUAGGUCUCGGACUUAUUGACACUUUAAGCGCAUCAAUUGCAGUCAUGAUCAUCUUCUCUGUGUUUGUUCAAGCAGCUGAAGGACUCACAUUUGGGGUUGUUCCUUUUGUCUCCAGAAGAUCCAUGGGCGUGGUUUCUGGCAUGACCGGAGCUGGUGGAAACGUAGGUGCAGUCAUAACUCAAGUGAUUUUCUUUAGAGGAUCUCAAUUCGCAACAGAAAAGGGAAUAACAUACAUGGGUUUCAUGAUCAUAGCAUGCACCCUCGGUAUAACUUCGAUAUAUUUCCCACAAUGGGGAGGUAUGUUUUGCGGUCCUAAACCACAUUUUACAGAAGAAGAAUACUACUUGAGGGAAUGGGAUGCAAAGGAGCAAGAACAAGGACUUCAUGAGGUAAGCAUGAAAUUCGCCGAAGGAAGUAGAAAUGAAAGAAGCCGAAAGGCAAUGUCAGUACCGACAGUAGAAAGAACGCCUGACCAUGCCUAAUUACUGCAUGGUAGCGCCAUCGCUCAAUGUUUAAAUUAUUUGGUAACAUUGAAAUGAAUUGUAGAUGAUGAUAACUUCUGCUAAUUCUUUACACUACAUUAAGAAUCAUGUAAUAUGACCUAGCAUUUUCCUUUUCCCAAAUUGCUUUCCGCAUAUAUGUCGUCUGUUGUAAGUUCUUUUCAUAAUGAGUUAACAAGUAAU